AUGAUGAGGCGUGGAAUCUACUGCGCGGCGUGGGCGCAGCAUCAGGCCCGUCGGUGUCCUUUUGGAAGGGCAGUGCGGACGUUCGCUUCCGAAGCAAACAACUCUCAUGGAGCAGUCGUCUCUACCGAGUGGGUGAGAGCGAAUGUGGACAGGAUAAAGGUCAUCGAUGCGUCCUGGUCCUUGGGCAAGAGAAGCCAACACACUGUUAAACUGCCAGGCGCAAUUUACUUUGACAUCGACGAGAUCGCCGACAAGAGGACAUGGCUGCCUCACAUGUUGCCCACCACAAGCAUGUUUGCAGCAAAAAUGGAGGAACUCGGCAUCACCAACGAGGAUCAGCUCCUGGUGUACGAUGAAAGUGAUGGCCAGUUCGUUGCCAGCGCGCGCGUGUGGUGGACCUUCAGGGUAUUCGGGCAUAACGACGUUAAGGUCCUGGCCGGCGGAUUGAAGAACUGGCCAAAGGGCUUGCAGAUCCAGAAGACGGCUGCGGACCCCAAAGAACACGGAUUGAAGUUCGCCGUGCGUAAGGAACCUGCGCUGGUUUGGAGCAAAUAUGACAUGCUCGACAACUUGUCUCCAACGAACAGCGACCAGUCACAGAUCGUGGAUGCCCGCUCAAGGGAGCGGUUCUACGCUCAGGUGGAUGAACCGCGCGCAGACAUCCCUCGCGGCUCCAUUCCAGAUAGCAUGAACGUCCCCUUCGGUAGCCUGUUUCAGACCACUCACAGCGAGCAGGGCGAGCCUAUGCACGUUCUCAAGAGCCCGUCCGAGUUACAACGUAUCUUUGAGCAGGCGGGAGUGGAUGUCACCAAGAAGGUGGUUGCCUCGUGCGGCAGUGGAGUCACCGCGAGCGUGGUGGCACUUGCCCUAAACGAGCUCGGACACUCGCGUGCUGCCGUGUACGACGGCUCGUGGACCGAGUGGGCCAUCGCCGCCGACACGCCCAAGGUGGUCAAGCGCAUCAGCGCAGCGCAAGCCGCCGCCGCCUUCGCCACGUGA